GGCCGGCAAAUGGGAGCGGGGUGACAUCAGCGGCCACGUGACCCUACCUGGCCGGCGCGGGGAGGGCGCAGGUGAGGCUGGAGCAGGACGCACGCGGCGCACGGCUCCCGCAGCAUGUCCGUCAGCAGAAAGGACUGGUCGGCGCUGUCCAGCCUGGCCAGGCAGCGGACUCUGGAGGAUGAGGAAGAGCAGGAACGAGAGCGCCGGCGGAGGCACCGCCAUCUGAGCUCCACCGCGGACGACGAGGCUCCCAGGCCCACCCAGAACGGAGGCCGGCCGGCCAUGGAGAGGUUGCCGAGCGUGGAGGAAGCGAAGGUGCCCAGGUCACCACCGGCGGCCUUCAAAGAUGAGGAGGAGGACGUCCAGGCCAUCCUCAGGACACGGCAGGAGCGCAGGCAGAGGCGGCAGGUGGUGGAGGGGGCACAGGCGCCCGUCCUGGCACAGCUGGAGGCAGAGGAGGGACGGGACAGCUCGGGCCCUGGGCAGGUGCCCAAGAAGGAGGCAGAGCUGCCGCCUCGCCGGAGACUAAGCCAGGAGCAGCGGGGCCCCUGGGCCAGGGAGGAGGAGAGCUUGGCGGGCAGAGAGCCGGGAGGCUGGAAGAAGGGGGUCUCGGAGAAGACCCCAGCUCCAGACAAGAGCCCGGUUUCGGGGAAGUCCUCCGUUCCAGAGACGACAUUAGCACCUGAAAAGAGACUGGUCUCGGAGGAAACUUCCGUCUCCGAGAAGGGCCCGGGCCCCAAGGAAACAUCUGUGUUGGGGAAGACAGCAGUGUCAGAGAAAAGACCCAUCACAGAGAGAAAGGCAGUUCUAGAAAAAACAGGCAUCUCAGAGAAGCCGCCUGCCCCAGGGAAGAUGUCGGGCUCGGAGAGGAGACUGGUGUCUGAGAAAGCGUCGAUCUUUGAGAAGUCCCCGGCCACAGAGACAAAGCUGGCCCCAAAGAGGGCAGCAGCCUCGGAGCAGUCGGCCUCUGGGGGAAGCCCGUCCAGCACCAAGGAGCAGGGAGGAAGGGCCCUCCCCGAGAAGAGCCCCCAGGCCUCCGCAGAGCUGGGAGAGCAGGGGGCGUUGGACCGUCCAGCUGUGGCUUCCCGCCUCCCUCCCAUCACACUCCAGGUGAAGAUCCCCAGCAAGGAAGAUGAGGUGGACGCGGCCUUGCCCACCCAGGCCACCUUCAGCAGCUCCCUCAAACGCUCCAGCCCCAGGACCAUCUCCUUUCGAAUGAGCUCCCGGAAAGACAACUCGGAAACAGGCUUAACCCGCAGCGCCAGUGUGAGGCUCCCAGCCAGCACGGUCAAAUUAGGCGAGAAGCUGGAGAGAUACCACACAGCCGUGCAGAGAUCAGAAUCCGUCAAGAGUCCUGGCUCCUCCCGCACUGAGUUCUUGGUGGCUCCCGUGGGUGUAGCCAGCAAGCGCCAUCUCUUUGAGAAGGAGCUGGUGGGCCAGAGCCGAGCAGAGCCAGCAUCCAGUCGGAAGGAGAACUUGAAGCUUUCAGGGGUUGUGACAUCGAGGCUCAACCUGUGGAUCAGCAGGUCCCAGGGGUCUGGAGAUCAGGACCCCCAGGAGGUGCAGAAAGAAUCAGCCGCCGCCAGGAGGACCCCAAGAGGAAGCAAAGCAGAGCCCUCCCUGGACGUUGAGGUGUGACAGCGCUGCCAGGACUGUCCUGCAAGUCCAUUCCAAGGGCCCUCUGUCCUGCCAGGCCCUUCCUCCCUGCCUCUC